UUUAGCAUCACCAAAAUGAUCAUGGUGAAGGAGUUUUCCUCAUUUCUUUACCUUCUUUAACUGAACACAUUUUUGUUCCUCUUCUUCUCCAGUUUUGUUAAAUGAGUGGAAACAUAUUUGCUUCAAUUGUUGUCAACAAAUGAACCCUUCAAUUGAAGUUAAUCACAAAGGUGACAAUCAACAAGCUUCAACCAUUCGUUCACCUGGAGCUAAAAAGUUGGAACAAUUGACCAAAAUCAAUUCAAGCUAUGGUCGACCGGCUGAAGGCUCAAAAACAUUACAACGUGGUCUUAUAGCUCACUCUCAUGUAACAAAGGAAGUUAAAUAUUUGUGUGAAAUAAUCAGAGACAGCGGAGUUGAUGCUGCCGAUGGAACCACAUCAAUUACAUUUGGAAGAUUAUUCAAGAUUUACGUAGCAAUAUCGGAUAAGGUUGUUGGAAUGCUGCUUCGAGCUCGUAAAUAUGGUUUUGUUGAUUUUGAAGGUGAAAUGUUGUACCAAGGCCAGGAUGAUAACACGAUAAUAAGAUUAAUCAAAAUGCCACCAAAAGAUUUUACGGUUACAUUUUAACUGUAAAUCAAUCGCAUUCUAUCAUGUCAAUGCUCACAACUGAAACAUUCGAGGUUAUAGCUUAUAUCCAAAUUAGUUGUGUCUAGACGAAAGAAGCCAGUCAACUUGGUUCAUCUAUUCUCAUUGUAUUUUAUUUUCGUUGUUGCAUUUAUAUUUUUGCUUUUAUUGAGAUUAUGAUAGUCAACACUAUUUCUGUGAAUUGCAAGGGUUGAUUAUUUGCAAGAUACAUGAGAAAAUAAUUUGUAAAUUAAAAUAAAGGAAACGCAAUUUAUGUAUUUUGAA